AUGGCGUCUCUUGACUUCGACGAUUACGAUACCAUCUUAUCGUCUCUUCACGGACCUGCGGACCCUCCGAACUCUGAAAUUCCCUUUCAUCAGCCUUCUCAUCUUCAACUUCAACAUCGCCAGCAGAUUUCUCAGGGUAAAGAUGAUGAAUUUUCUAUGAAUUUAGGAGCUUUCCAACCUCCAGGUGCUUCCAUGUUUGCUCCGUCUGUUUUCGCCGACGACAGUUCUCCUCUCAAGCAGCAACAACAGCAACAACAGCAACAACAGCAGCAACAGCAGCAACAGCAACGCCAACAGCAGCGUCAGUCACAGCUUCAUUCGCAAUCAAAUUCACAACAACAGCAGACCGCUCAGUCACUAUCAGCAGAAAACUUUCAUCCCCAGCAGUUCCAAACUUUCCAGUCACAGACUUCUAGCGGAAAUAACUCUAACAACACUCCGACCAAUUCUCAGGGAGCCUCACAAUUUGGUAUGCUUCGGUCUCAGCAAGAGCAGCUUCCUCAGCAGACAUUUGUUUCUCAACGAUUUGAUUCCAUCGGCUCCACGUCUAAUGCUAGUGCGGAUCUCAAUUUUAGCGAUCUCACCGAUGCCAUGAGUAGCCUCAGCAGCUCUAUUCUAUCUCCUUAUUCCUCUGGUUCAUCCCCGGAUGGCUUUUUGCUUAACGCAACGGUAAACACAACGAACAGUAAUCCUAAUUUCGUUCCCGUCGAUCAUGAGAAUACUGGCCCUACCGCUGCAGUUGUCGCAACGACCGGCUUGCCUCCUGGUGCAGGUUAUGUUCCCAUGGGUGAAUCCAUGUCUACGAGUACAGUCACGUUCAAUUCGGCCUCCAUUUUCGACAGAAACGCACAAUCUGACAAUUUAGCUGGGAACAGCGGUGGCGCUACAGCUUCUACAACCCGUACCUCCUCUUCUAACAGUAAUAACAGCGGAGCUGGUUUUAGGUUAAAGCAGGAGGAACCUUUAGCUUCUAUUGCCAAGGUCAAAUCGAUUUCGGAUGAAAAAUCCAGACUUUCGAAGGCCACGACACGCGGUAGAAAGAAAUCUGCUGCUACUAUGAAGCCCAAGAACGAGGCUGGACCUGGAAGGCCCGGCAGAAAAAUCAAGUCUUCUCACAAUCUGAUAGAGAAAAAGUACAGAACAAACAUAAAUUCAAAGAUCGUCGAACUCCGUAAUUGUGUUCCUGCUCUCCGUAUAUUGGUAUCCAAGAAUCGGCCCAGUGAUCCUAGCUCUGCGAAUACCGUGGAUGGAGAAGAGCAGUUUGAUGAUGAUUACAUUGGCAAUGGUUAUAGCGACGAUGAGCAGAAGUUGGAUGGAUUGAAACCUGCUAGAAAGCUAAAUAAGGCUACUAUUUUAUCCAAAGCUACGGAGUAUAUCCGCCAUUUGGAAUCCAAAAAUGAAAUAUUGGCUCAAGAGAACCAGAAACUUAAAGAACUUUUGAUUGCUAGUGGCAAUGCUCCAUUUGAUGCUACUGGGCCGACUCCCAUGCAACCUAUGGGUUCUUCCGUUUCUCACGCAGCCUCGCAGCAGCUUUACAGCGACUCCAGCUACACUUCGUCGCCUUCUUUCAACAGUAACAGCAGUAAUGUUUCUCCUGCGAACAACUUACUAAAUCACUCUCCUCGAGGGGUGUCAAUGAGUGGAACAAUUUCAAGCCAACAACAUCAGAAUCAGAAUCUGCAGCAGCAGCCCCAGCAAUCUUUUGGAAACAAGGUUCUUUUAGGAGGUAUAACUUGCAUGUUGGGAGCAUCGGCUAUGGACGAUUUUACCUUCAACUCGGGUACAGGCCAUAAGGGAUUGUUUGCAUUACCGGUUAUAGCAUUCGACUCCUCAUCGUCAUCUCUUGCGUUUAACACAGGUGUUUUCAGACUUCUUUCAGGCCUUUUGAAGGUCGUUCUGUGCUUCUUUGUGGCUUACUACUACUUUGUGAUGCCAAUGCUAGUCUCUCUACCGGGUAAACGCGAUAAAAAGACGGCCAGCUACUCUGAAAAGGUUUCGGCUGCGCUUUGUGCUUUACUUUCUGGCUUUGCAGAUAUCAUUUUGCAUCCAAAACGCGUUUAUGACUCUGCUCUAUAUGUAAGACCAGAGAAUGUCGAGUAUCAGCUUCUCAAAUCACUUCAUGCUGAUGAAGUUUCGUUAUCUUCAGUUGUUAGGGCCUUGGCGUUGAAUGGCCGGUCUUGCGAUAACAUGUUCUUGAAAUCCAUGUACAUUAAGAGACUCUCUGAAAUUAAUAGUGAGUUUUCACAGAGUUCAAAUUUUGUGAUUUCUGCAAUCAUCGGAGUCUGGAACAAGCUUUGCAUUGACAGAUUAGGUGCUUACUAUUGGACCAGAGCCUCUGAGAGGCGGUCCAAGACAACCAAUAAGGUGUUAACCAACUUGCUUUGGAAAUUUAGCUAUGAGAGCACUAGCCUAGCACCAUUGGCAUCUGUUUGUGAUUACAAACCUGGUUUACUUGUUUUAUUAGCAACUAGUCUUUGCGAAAAACUUGUUGCAGAGGCUCUUAAGCUUAUGGUUAGAAUCAAUGCAUUGCAAAAGAAGCUUGAAAAUGCAAGAGAAGAGCACACCACUGCAGAAGAUGUUGAGAGGAACGAUGAUGAAGACGAGGAUGAGCCUAUGAACUUGGACAGCGAAUCGAUUUCUAGGCAGAUCGAGGAUCUCAAAAAACAAACAGCAAGUCUGCUCGCUACAGUGAGGAUAUUUGACAAUGCUGUUUCACCGGAGCUUGCUCUCAGGGUGCAAAUCCUUCAGUUCUUAAUGAAUCCAGAGCGCGAGCAGCUUGAAGACUGCUUUGAGCAGCUCAGAAAGUCGGGCAUAACAAUGGUUGCAAGUGAUUUGAAACUUGGAUUUGUCUGUAGCAUGUUGAAAUAUGAGCUUUUGCACUCGCCAGAAAACUACGCAGUUCUUCUCACAUGGGUGAGAAAACUCGAGCUUCCAAGUUUCACGAUGAACUUCCACAGCGGCUCCAGAUUGACACUAUUUGGUUUUGUGAUACUUCUCAAUGCUUUUGAUACUCUAACAUACGAUAUAUUGCAGAAGUUGGAUCAAUAUGUGGGGUUGAAGCUUGAGCCAACCUGUGCCGAGAGAAAUUUUACUGCCGAUGGACAGUCAGCGUCGUCAGAGUUGUUUGACGAGGACGAAGAGUCAGAGGAGGAUAUCAGCGAGGUGGACGAGGAAAACGACUCAGUACACUCUUUAGAAUCUCAUCUGACUAGUUCGACAACAUCAUCUAGUACAUCAAUAGGAACAGUUGACGAGGAUUACAUCAAAAGCAGUACAAUGAUCCCGAAGAUUAACUUCAAACUACUCAACAUCCUUGGGAACAUGAGAAUUUUCGCGGGAAAUAGCGAGCACGCUGCAGAGCUAGAACUAGGAUCUGACCUCAAGAACUACAUCAUCGAAGGUCUCGUCUCUUACAUCGAGAGAUUGAAUGGAUUCUAG